AUGUCGCCUGGGGGGCUCUACAUUCUGAAGGCCUACUGGAAGUCUGAAAUUCGCCUCUUCAAGCUCAUCCAUCGACGGUCAGCUGUAAAUCCCGCUGUGGGCUGCAUCUGCGGCGAGCAUUCACGACCCAAGACUGGACGUUUGUCACGCUCCCUUUCGCUCCUAGGAUCAAACCUUAUGUCGUGUUUCUGCUUCCCAAUUGGCACGUCUCUAGUCAUUACGGAGGAGGGUUCUCCCAGGUUACCGGAAUCAGAGACGGACGGGAAUUCGGAAACAUCCCUCGAAGGCUUAGUCGAUAAAUACUCCAACACAACACAGGUUGUCCCUUACCGUCACCCAACACCAAGCUCGCCUGUUUCGUGUGGCCUGCCCUCCCGUCGCACCUCCCCCUCCCGGGCCAACAUGGAAUCCCCUCCUCCCCCGUUCAUGGAUUUUGAACGGUAUGGCCUUGACCUAUCCCUUGUUCCCGAGGUCCUAGACGGAUAUACCAAGUUUUUUCUACCGGGGAGUAUUGCUCAGUUACCCAACACUGAGCCUGUCCUGGAAGGGUUCAGCCCUCAGGUGGCGCAGAGUUCAAGGUUUCAAGCAACGCCAGAUGGACGGGUUACCCAAAGAAGCACAAGUCGAGGGUCUGGCUACAACGUGGCAGCCAACCACACUCCUUUUGCGACGCCGUCGACACCUCGCUCCCAACUGUCGAUCCCAGUUACAUUAGGUGGUCAAUCCCGUUUCAAUACGCUUCCUCCAGCGUACACUUUCAGAGGGAACUAUGGAGGGGAUAGUACAUCCUUCCACCAUUCGAAUGCUCCACCUCCUCAACCCAUACCAGCGCAGGCCCAGCCCAUUCCUGUGGCUAUUGAUUACAACCAACUGACUCGAGCCGUCCUCAGCUUGGAAGUCGAGAAAGAAUUGAAGCAAGUCGCACAAACGGCAGCUCACAAGGCUGUCGAGGAAGUCACCCAUCGGUGUGUACAGGAAUACAUGUCGGCCGGAAGCUCGUCUCAAUCAAGCUCUUCGGAGCGGGAUCGGUGGUUCAGUCGUAAAAAAUCGAAGAAGGCGAAACAAGGCGCUGGCGAUAGACCUCACAUCAUACCGUUCAACAUAUAUCAAGAUUUCGUACCCUCAACUGUCGACGCUCGCUACAACUCUCACUCCAUCGGCCACGUUCCGUCCGCCCGCUGUCCUCUCUGCCUGUCUGGAAUCUGUCGCAUUUGCCAGGUACCUUGCGGCUACGAGGGCGGGUGCGACCUCUGCGACCAGAGGUUGUAUAGGCGAAUCAAAGCGCAAUGCCAGUCGCACGGGAACUGA